AUGUUAAGCGAUCUGCCCGUGGAAAUACUCCAUCUAAUUGCGCGUGAUCUCGGUAGUAAAGAUCUAUAUCACCUGGUAUGCUCAUCACGUCGGCUGUACGCCGUGUUCCAAAGAAUUCUUUACACCGACGUGACUUUCUGCCAAUCGGAGAGUAGUGAACAAACAUUCAACAUCUUCCUAUAUGCUGUGGCCCGAACACCGAGGCUCGCUAGCUAUGUUAGGUCUCUGAAGGUGGAGUCCUGGGAUGUAAUAAGUGCCACCAACGAAAGCAAAGAGCAGAAAGUUGAAUUUGACGACAACCUUGUACGCAGACUAGUCUAUGAACGAACAGGAUACUCCGACGAAGAGAGAUCUAAAUGGUUAAACGAUCUUGAGCAUGAUAAUGAAGAUGCUUGGUUGGCUUUGCUUAUACCGCAAUUGAAGGAAUUGCGGAAACUCAAUGUCACCUGGCCAUAUGGCGUAUACUAUGUGUUGAAUAUGCUGCAAAGAGCUGCUACUAAGCCGGAACCUAUGUUUCCUCAUCUCGAGGAAGCGUAUGCAGCUUGGAGUGAUACAGAGAACGCAUUCUCAUCACAUUACAUGGACCCAUUCUUCAAAUUUCCAUCAAUGCGCAAAGUGGGCUGCUACAUGUUGGCGGAGGCGGCGAAUGACGAUGUCGACGAUGAGUAUGUGCCUGGAUGGCGUGACUCCAAAGUUCGGAUCCGAGAAAUGCUCCCGCCACAAAGCUCGAAUAUAACCGACAUCGACCUCCAAGAAAGCAACGCUGCGGAAGGGAUGAGGGACUGGGUUCAGGCUUGCAAAGCACUGAAAUCAUUCCGCAUUGCUCAUGGUGGGGCACAUAUCUCCUUUGAUGACUUUCAGCCGCGAAAGAUUUACGAAUCGCUUUCGCUCCAUAAGUCGACGCUGGAGUCUGUCUGGGUUGAAAAUGAUGAUGGUUGUGGGAACUACGAUGACGAAUGGAUGGGAUCUUUUGUUGAGUUUACCGCUUUGAGGCUUUUUCGUGUUCCCUUUGACAAUCUUGUUGGACUUGACGAGCACGGUUUACAUGUGCAAAAGCUUGGAGAUGUCCUUCCUCCCUCGUUGAAGAUAUUAUAUGUUUCUCUCGACGGAGACCGAAAUUUUAACGCCGCUAUUGAUCAGUUAGCAGAAUUGGCUGCAUCAGAGAACUUCCCUAAAUUGGCAACGAUACACCUUCAACAUUGGAAUCUCGAGAAGCCAGAGGAUGCUGCGAGAUAUGAAUGGUUGGAGCAGAAAUGUCAACAGGCUAGUGUUUUGUGCUUUUCUCAUCAAUCAACAUGGUGGACAGAAGGGGAGGAGCAGGAGAUGAUGGAAUUAAUGUGGCCUGAUAACGAGGCACGCCCGCUUUGA